AAAAGAGAAGCAGGGAAAUCAGAAAGAGAGAGGGAGAGAGACAGAGAGGGGGGUUGUGAUAAACUCUGCUGUGAGCGCUCCUGUAAGCAGAGUGAGAGAGUGCAGCAGUACAAGAUCUGGAGAGAGUGAAAACACAACUGUGUUGAAACAAGCAAGCACAGAGUGAGCAAGACCUACCACAAAGUCUAGGCAGAUUUUGCACUAAGAGGUGAGUGUGCAUUUGUUUUUGUCACCCUGAUGAAUAAGGACUGGUGAGAUGUGUGCAAGUGGGUGCAUUUGAGGGUGUCAGACUGUGAUCGUCCUGUCAAGUGCUUCACUUCUUUGAAGUUGCUCCAAGGCAGCCGUGGAGGACCAAUUUUUCCCUGCAAGGUAAAAAGGCAAUAGAAGGCUAAAGGCUACGAAAAUUUCCAGUUCCCUCAGGACAUUUUUUCCCACCUCAGCUUCAAAAAGGAACCACAUGUGAAGACUGAUGGAGCAAGGGCUCAGAGCUUACCAGAGAAUAAACUCAACUGCAUCCCUGACCACAGAGACUCCACAGCAGACAGAGGUAAAGAACCAGAGAAAGAGCGAGGGAAUCUGAGAAAUCUCCAUCCACUCCCCCCUCCCCACCUUUCUUCAUCUGCCUGGACCUUCCUCAGUUGCCCUCUGGUACCCCCAACAGGGCAGGAAGCGUGAAAAAUCUCACUAAUGGGUUUAUUUGCCGUCAGCUCAGCCACGACCUGUCAUUUCCCAGGACCACUUCACUUGACACAUUUCAUAGUCGAGUAAGCUUUACUUUGUUUCUGCCAAAGGAGCCUGAGCCCUGGAAGAUCAAGACCAAGCUGAGGUAUCAGUCAGAUUGUUUCCCACAGGGAGGAGAAUCCCUUAAUCACGUUGCCUGUCUAUUGCUGUAUUUUCUUCCAGUGAGGUCAAGCAUAUGAUUUGAAGCCAAGGGACAUCUUGCUGUUGCUUUUUAUUUCUCAAAGCUGAGUGACCAAGAACUUCCUGCUGAGAGAACAGACAGUGUGAGCGAGUCUGCUUUCUGACCCAACAAAAGUUUUCUGGCUGGUUGACUGAAGAUGCGUUUCUGGCUGGUAGCUGUGGUGACGGCAGUGCUCUGGAGCCAGUGCAUCCUUCUAGGGUGGGCUGAGGGCAGGAAGGUGCGGAAGAGGCCGAAGGAGCUCACUCCACAGCACACCGAAGCAUUCAACAUCACCCUUUCCAACAGCGAGGAACUGGAUGGCAGCACAAAGGUCAGUGAGAACCAGAGAGUAGACCCUCUUGGAUCAUGGAUGGAUUUUGUGAAGAGACCUGUGGGCAACUUUCCCGGAAAAUGCAGAAAGCGAAAACGACCACUGCCUGGUCCCCCGGGCCCUCCUGGGCCUCCAGGCCCUCAGGGACCCCCAGGAUCCCCCGGGGCAGAGGUCACUCAAGAGGUCCUGCUGCAAGAGUUCAAAGAAAUGAUCAAAGAGGCCACAGAGAGGCGAGCAGCAGUGGACAGACCCAACGAGCCUAGUCAGCUGCCCACAGCUCUCAUUACCCUAGAGGGCAUGACCUCCUACAGGAGAAUUGAAGAAGCCUUCCACUGCAAACUCAGAGGUCCUGUAGUUGUGGACAAGAAGACUCUGGUAGAGCUCCAGAACUUUCAGACACCUCCUGCCAAAGGUGCCUUCCUCAGAGGGACGGGGAUGGAUCAGUCCACUGGCCGAUUUACAGCUCCCGUAACUGGAAUUUAUCAGUUCUCUGCCAAUGUUCAUAUUGACCACACUGAGGUGAAGAAAACUAAGAACGAGCUGAGAGCCAGAGACAAUAUCAGAGUUUUGAUCUGCAUUGAAUCACUGUGCCACAGAUAUACAUCCUUGGAAAUGAUUGUUGGCCUUGAGAGUAACAGCAAGAUAUUUACAGUGUAUGUCCAUGGACUGCUGGAACUUCAGGCUGGCCAGUACACCUCCAUAUUUGUGGACAAUGCAGCUGGAGCAUCCAUCACAAUACAGAAUGGUUCAGAUUUCAUGGGCAUGUUGUUGGGGGUAUAGCCUUGUUUUAUAGCCAGGUUAAAUCUGGCAGGCCACAUAAGACUGCACAUAGCUCCACGUUGGACUAUCACCCAGAACCAGAUUUCCUCAUAAGAUAUUAUUUGACUGCCACUAUGAAAGCUGUUGGCUGAUCCAUCUUCAUGGAAGAGACAUGGAUAUUGAAACCAACAAAGCAACUAAAGACAAAGACAGUUGGAUAUAAACUAAAAGACUUGACUGAGGACAGUCCAUAUCUGCCUUUCCCCUGUUCUGUCUACAGUGAGGUUCUUGCUUCUUCAGAAAAAUUAAACAUCUUUUCAAAUCCAAAAGCAAAAUCAUUGGUAUCUGUGUUCUUAUAGGAUGGCACCAACAGACCCUAUUUUGUGAUAUACACAGCAGAUGUAUAAAAAUAGAUUUUUGUACCUUGACAUUGAUGCAUAAUUGUGUUAUGUCAUCUUGCUCUUCAUAGUUAAUCAUGUUUAUAUACACAAUUUGUUUUCAACAAUGAGAGGUGUCUUAGAGUAUGUCCAAUACAAGAGCUAAUCUCUGGGUUUAUAUAUGGGCUUUAUGGGCUUUUGGAGGUAAAAAAUGCACACCUCCUCCUCUUGUGCAUACAUGACUGUAUUGUGUAUUUUUAAAUAUCACAAGCUAUACGUUUUAUUUACUAAGAAGCUCCAAAAAGCAUGUUUUAGGACCUUGAUCAUGGAUAAACAAUAGAUUUUCUAUUAUGCUUUGCCAAAAGAAGGAAAUAGCCAAAUAUAAAGAAAAGCAAAUCAUAGUGACUAUGAGUCUAUUUUUAUGUCCAAUCACUAACAGUCCCAGACAAUAGCGCUGAUCCAGUAGAGUGGGAGUGUGUACUUGGAAAGCAGCUGCCAUGAUCGAUUAUGCCUAUCAGAGUCCUGCUGAGUUCACGUCUUGUUUACUGCAAUGCCAAAUACGUCAUAAAUGAACUCUCUUUGUUUUUAACAUUUCCUUUGGAAGCAUUCUCCAAAUUCUCUCUCUUUAUGUAAGUGUAUUGCUCUGAUUUUUUUGCAUCUUUUUUGUGCAAAGGUUUAAUUCUUUUUGAUAAACUUUAGUAAAUACAGAAAUUAAGAUGCAAAUAUACAGUAUCAACACAUGUAAUUUGACAUACAAAUUAUUUAUGUUUACAUUAAAUGUAUCUGGCAAUUAAAAUAGAUGUUUUUUUAAAGUGGUUUCUAGGCUUCCAAUAGAUCCCAAUACAAGUGAAAGUAAUGUAAAUGAAGCAAAACCAUUUAAGCAUAUUUACUUUGCAAUAGCUUGUAUUGUGGUGUAAUGGAAAUCAAACUAUAUUCAGUAAAUGUAAAAUAUCUAUUCACCUGGGCAUACUUGCGGCUGACUUUAAAUGACUUUUAUGAGCUUUGAAAUCUUGCGAACAUUCUUAAUUCUCUGCUCAAUAAAGCAGGCGGGACAUGCUGCCAGUGCUUUUGAAAGUUCAUAGGCAGCACUGCAUACUAUAACUCAUGGAAAAUAUUCUUUACUGCAGUAGUGUGGAAAAUGCUUCUUUGCAUCAUUUGCAUUGUAAAUAAUCUAGGAUACCUCAAAUACCUUGACAAACAUUCACACAUCUGAAAGACCAAUGGUGGUAUGCCAUUUGUGUACACUAGAGAGUAAUCUCUGAAAUACAAUCAUUUAAGUGUCAUUUAAUCUUGUCAUCAAAUGUCAUUUAGAAUAUCCUAUGGAAAACAAGGCACUCACAGUUGCACAGAUACACAAUGUUUUUUUCUACAAGACCAGUGGUUUUUCAAGUCCCUGCGAGCCACUGUGCCUUCAAGCCUCAUCUUGAAUAAAUAGGAAAUGUUGCUGUUUUAGAGAACAAAACUUUUUAUUAGAAUGCUUUUUAAAUGAUUACUUUUGUUUUAUAUGUCCAGCUUGCCAUUUAAUUGAUCAGGUUCUGCUUUAAUACCAUUCUCAUCACAUCUCUCAAGAGCAAAAAUGGCACUCAAUUUAAGCCAAUACAAAGUAGUAUAAAGCUCUGUCGUUCCAUUGUCAAUGUGCAGUAAAACCAUCUGCAGUUACUGUUUAAUGAUACAAUUUGUUUUCUAUGGAGAUAGGCUUCUUAGAGUAAAGCUACACUAUUAAAAAAAGGGUAACCUGCAAUUGUAACCUUAAGUAUCUAUUUCUACUCUCAAAAUGUCCUUUGUUGGUGUAACUUAAUAAAGUCAGGUUGAUUCAGUUAUAUUAAAUAAUAUUUUUGACUUGAAUAAAACUAGUACAUUUAGAUGUAACCAUAUGAAGCACAUUUAAAAUUACCUGACAAUUUUUUUUUACAGUGUACAGGUUUAUGUGUGGGGCAUAAUGGUCUAAUACCUUUUGGAGCUGUAACCCAAAAUGCACACCUCCUCUUGAGCAUGAAUGUAUUGUGUAUUUUUAAAUAUCACAAGCUAGACAAUGUUUUCUUUUUGGCUCCAAAAAGCAUGUUGUAGUAGCCUGAUUAUCGAUAAUGAAUAGAUUUUCCAUUAUGUAUGGAAAAAAGAAGGAAACAGCCAAAUACAAGAAAGAAAAGAAAAUCAGUGACGACGACUCAGUUUUACAACAGCUUGACUUAGUUAAACGCUUAUUACGUGAAUAAUUUACACAUGAAAGACUUCAAACACUUGUGAC